CGUCAAUGAAUGUUGUAUCUUAGAGACUGAUUGGAAUUUGGAAAUAGAGAUAUUAAAAAUUGAAAAACUGUAGGGUGUGUAAACAUAUUUUUAUUUAAAACCUCUCUGAUUUUAUACAUAAAUUUGAUUUGGCAUCUUGUUUCCACAAUAAAGAAUAUUUAUUAACUUGCUCCAGUGAUCCUUCCAUAUAAAAAUAGUUGUGCUGAGUAUUCUGAAAGUUUCUGGUGGUCUACCUAGCAUCUAAUCAAGAUUUUUAAUUAGGCACCACUCACGCAAUCAUGGCAUUCGCAGGACUUAAAAAACAGAUCAACAAAGCUAAUCAGUAUGUCACAGAAAAAAUGGGAGGUGCCGAAGGCACAAAACUGGAUUUGGAUUUUAUGGAAAUGGAAAGGAAAACAGACGUAACAUGCGAACUAGUGGAAGAGUUACAAACUAAGACCAAGGAGUUUCUACAACCAAACCCAACAGCCCGAGCCAAGAUGGCGGCUGUAAAGGGUAUCAGCAAACUGAGUGGGCAGGCCAAGAGUAACACCUACCCACAACCUGAAGGUGUGCUUGGUGAUUGUAUGCUCAUGUAUGGAAAGAAGCUGGGAGAGGACACUGUCUUUUCACAAUGUAUGAUCGAGAUGGGUGAGGCUCUCAAACAAAUGGCUGACGUGAAGUACUCCCUGGAUGACAACAUUAAGCAGGGCUUCCUUGAACCCCUACACCAUCUGCAGACCAAAGAUCUUAAGGAAGUCAUGCAUCACCGUAAGAAACUUCAAGGGCGAAGGCUAGAUUUUGACUGCAAGAGACGAAGACAAGCUAAAGGUUCUCACAUUCCAGACGACGAGAUCCGUCAGGCUGAAGACAAGUUUGCAGAGUCUCUUAGUCUCGCACAAAUUGGCAUGUUUAACCUACUUGACAAUGACGUGGAGCAAGUGGCUCAGCUAUCGUUCUUCGCAGAAGGUCUUCUUGAAUACCACCAACAAUGCACGGAGAUUCUCAAAGGACUUGUAUCUACGCUUAUGGAGAAAAAAGAAGAGGCGAUAAGCCGACCCAAGUUGGAAUUCGUGCCGAAGACCCUCGCCGACCUGAACAUUGAGGGCAUCAACGAGCUGAACCACGGUAAACGCUACGGCUCGGUCCCCAGCCUAACCCGCUCCAAUAAUGCCUCCUCCUUAGCCGACCUUUCCUCCCUCGACAGAGCUUGGGAUACCCAGAUCCCGAAACCCAUAGGGUUCAAGCCUCAUCCUGCUCCCAGAAUUGUGAACGGAAGAGACCCCUGGACAGCGUCCCCAUUGCCAUCUCCCGUGAAAUCGCCUGCGCGGACGCCGAGCGUGCAACAGAAGGCAUGCUGCACCGCCCUCUAUGACUUUGAUCCCGAAAACCAAGGAGAACUUGGAUUCAAGGAAAAUGACGUUAUCACCCUGAUCAAUAAAGUUGAUGAGAACUGGUUUGAAGGGAGCAUCAAUGGGAAAACUGGUUACUUCCCCAUCAGCUACGUUCAAGUCACUGUUCCCCUGCCCAACAUGUAAUUCACUUUAUUAAAAUGCAACACGCCAUUCUUUAACAUAAAAACAAGGUAUUCGUAUGUCUCGUUAAAUUUAUUUUUGCUAUUGACUCAAAGAAUUCGUUUGCGAUAAGAUAAUUUUGAAAUUAAUGGGUAAAACGUGAUCGAAAUAAAUAUAAAAAAUAUUUUACGCCUUUUCGUCAAUUAUUACAAAUAUGAUUUAACCUAACCAAAGAUUAACAUUCAGCUAUAUUUUUAUAGGUAAAACCUGAAGAAUGGCUGUGUUGCAUCAAAAUCUCAGUAUUACAGUAGGCAAUUUAUUCGCAGAUAAAUUGUGUCUAAAGCUCAAUAAUUAAAAUGUUAAUAACCUAAAAAAUCUUCAUUAUGUUCAUUUUCGGUCUUCCAUUUGUUUCGAUAAUUCAAAUAUUUCCAUUACAAUUAUGCCAAAUAGAACCCAACGAAUGUUUUGAAGCUAGUAUAUGAUUUUAAUUUUAGACCAAACAUUUUUGAAUGAAUGUUUAAAUGCAUAAUAAAUGAGAUUAAAUGCAAGUGUAUAUUUAUAAACAUUCCUGUUUUUGUGUAGCGUAUUUUGAUUUUAGAAAUAAUUUUCUUGUAGCUACUUACGAUAGUAGGUACGCUUUGUAAAUCCGACAGGUGAUAUUUUUGUGGAAUUAAAUUUUAUAUUUUGUAGACAUAUUCUAGAAAUGAAAUUGACAUUUCCUCCAUUAAUAUAGAUUGUCACGUAUUAAUAGGUUUGAUUAGAUUGCAUAGAUUAUAUUGCGGGUAUUUAUUUGACAGAAACGUAUACAAGUAUAUACACAAAGAAAACAUUGUGGGGACGUAAGUUGUUGAAUCUUGCCAAAUAUUUGUGGCUAUUCGAUGUUCGAUGUUUAUGAUAAAUGUAUUAUGAAAUGAUGUUAUUGUGAUAAUAUUAAUAAUCAUGCAUUUUGCGCUAUGUCGUGUACGGUCAAUUUUUAUGUUUCGUUUUAUGACAAUUGACAUAAUCAUAGAGAAAUUAAAUCCAAUAUGUGGCCUCUAAAUAGUUGUUGUACAUUUAAUGCAUGCAUUUCAUUCAGAAUUUCACGAUAUUUAUUGGUGUUAAUGUGAUGUUAUAAUCAUAAUUCAUAAAUCAUUCACAUGAAUUUGACCCCAUACUUCUGGCAUAUAAAAGACAAUACCUAGGUCUAAUGUUAGGUGUAUGUAAGUUCUAAUCGUUCUACCUUCAAGUGUCUAUUAUAAGUAUUUUGAGCAAAUAAUAAAUUACAAUUGGUGUUAAUGUAAUCGGUGUACGGCCGACAGAUGUGUUUAAAUGUUUCUUCGAAACGCUCAUAUCGUUGAUCCUUCCACGUGGUGAGUUUCGGAUCCCUCAAUAUAUAUAACCCUAACAAACUACAAAUGACUGGGUGCCUAUAUUUCAGAGACGGUUAUAUUUUUAAAUGUGCUAAGUAUAUUGGGUGCAUGCACUCGGUGCGAGUUGGUAACUGUUCCGUAAAUGUAUUCUUGUUCAUGUUACUGUAAUAUUAAAUCUAAUUGAUAGAUACUUGACAAUUUACGAGAUAUUUGUUUAUAUUAAAAAAAUAUCCUGAACUUUAUGCUCGUUUCGCCUCCUAAUAAAAUGUUAACUUAA